GCGAGGCGCGGCGCGGCGCGAGCACUGGCAGUUGGUGGAGGAGGUGGAGGCGGACGGACGGAGACUCACUGCGACGUCGAGGGGGGGCUUCUCUAUUUGUUUAAUCAUAAGGAGGAAACCCAAGCAAGCAAUACCACCCGACCAUGGUGACACUUGUCCAAACUCUGACGGAUCAUGUCGAUGACGUUAAUUGCUGUGCCUUUUCUUCCACUUGUCUGGCUUCCUGUUCGCUGGAUAAAUCAAUCCGUCUUUAUUCACUGAAUGAUUUCUCAGAGCUUCCUUUCUCACCACUAAAAGGCCACAGCUAUGGUGUACAUUCCUGUUGCUUUAGUUCUUGUGGGAACUUUUUAGCUUCAAGUUCAACUGAUGGGACGACUGUGUUAUGGAAUCCCCAGUGUGGAGAGAAGUUGGCUAUAUUGAAACAGCCUAGUGAAAGUCCAGUACGGGUUUGUAAAUUCUCCCCCGACACCAAUUAUUUGGUAUCUGGCGCUGCCGAUGGGACUGUGGCAUUAUGGGAUGUUCGCAGGAAGAAACUACGCAGGACCAGCAUGGUCGAGGAUGGAUCAAUAAUUGCCUGUGGCUUUUCUCCUUGUGGUAACUACUUUAUUACUGGCUCAACCUCUGGGGAGCUGACUGUUUGGGAUUGCCAAAUGAAGUGCCUUCUUAAUGUGAAGACAGCUCAUGACUUGGGAGUUACUUGUUGUGAGUUUUCAACUCAGCCAAUCAAAGAUGGUUCAAGACUGCAGGGCUUUCUGAUGGCUUCUUGCGGGCAGGACAACAGAAUCGUUUUUUGGAUUUUAUCAAAUACAGGUUGUGAACUUAGAAUGAAAUACUCAUUAAACCGUCAUACGGCUCCUGUUCUUUCAUGUUGUUUUUCAUCUGAUGGCCGUAUCUUGGUGUCUGGGUCCGUUGACAAGUCUAUUAUAAUUUGGGAUUCUAUUAGCGGAGUCCCUCUUCAUACACUGACGCAACAUAAAAGGUAUGUAACGGCUUGUGCAUUUGCAAGAGAUCUUCCCUUAAUUGCCACUGGUUCUAUGGACAAAACAGUGAAUAUUUGGAGAUUUGGAGUAAAAAGCACAUCAGAUGAUCAUUUGGCAACGAAGCUUAGACACUCUGUACAGCACUGGUCAGAAGAUGAGGUCUGUUCUUGGCUUUCAGCAGGAGACCUACAGGAAUUAGUGGUUAUUUUCAAGUCUAACAAUAUUGAUGGACAAGAAUUAUUGAAUCUUACAGAAAAAAACCUCAUGUCUGAUCUGAAAAUAGAAUCACUUGGACUGCGCAAUAAAACAAUGCGGAAAAUUGAAGAGCUAAAAUCAAAAAUAGAAUCUACUUGUGUUGGUAUACCAGAUGAAUUCCUCUGUCCAAUAGCCAGAGACAUUAUGACUGAUCCAGUGAUUGCUUCAGAUGGCUAUUCGUAUGAGAGAGAAGCCAUUGAGAACUGGAUUAAUACUAAAAAGCGUACAAGUCCAAUGACAAAUAUGCCUUUGGAGUCUACCUUAAUAACACCCAACAGGACACUUAAAAUGGCUAUUGAUCGCUGGAUAGAUGCUCAACAAGUACAAAUGACAACGCACCAAAAAUAACAGAAUGUUGGUUGGUAACACUGAAUUUUUGACUAUCCAUAUUGUAUAAAAUAGUGAGUACUGGAGACUGUCCAAUACAGGUGGUUCUGCUAUGCUGUUCCUUAAUUCCAAUUGGAAACACCAUAAUUGAUGAAUUAGAGAACACUAUUUGAAUUACGUGGACUGAAUUGCUUUUAACGUGACUUUCUAUCGGGAACUAGAAAACCACUUAUAAAUUACUUUGGAAAUUAACAAGCAGAAAAACAGUCUAGAAAACUUCCCGUCACUUUCCCACAGUGAUCAAACAACAUGUCUCUUAAGAACACAACUGCUAGUUUCAUGGCAGGUGUCCAUUGAAAUUGACAAGCAAUUGUUCUUGUGCAGUUAUAUUCCAUUAAAAUGCAGUCUUUUUUGGCGCGCAGUAACAACAAAAAACUUAUGGCGAUAAAAAGGACCUUAGUUUUUAAUAAUGCGGGAAAUUGACAAUUAAUUUUAUAAAACGGUUUUCUUUAUCAUAUGUUUUCUUAAGUACGCAACUAUUGAAUUGCACAAUUAUAGCAGAACUACCGGUAUAUUAAAAAAAUAGCUUAAUUUCUUUUGUAAUUAAAACGGAUUAAAUGUUUACAUGCAUCAAUAAUGAUAAUUGAAUAAAGGGUUCAAAAUUCUGAA